GUGUGCAGCCGCCGCGGCCGCUGACCCUGCAGCUCCGCCCGCGCCCCGUGCACCUGCACGCCCCACCCAGGGCAGUGAGCGUCGCCCCUCCGGCCAGCCCCAGCCCCAGAGCCUGCCCCAGCCCGGCCUCGGGGGACGUCAGGAUGAAGGCGGCCCGCUUCGUGAUGCGCAGCGCCGGCUCGCUGAGCGGCGCCGGCCUGGUGCCCCGAGAGGUGGAGCACUUCUCCCGCUACAGCCCUUCCCCGCUGUCCAUGAAGCAGCUGCUGGACUUUGGUUCUGAAAACGCAUGUGAGAGAACAUCCUUUGCGUUUUUGCGACAAGAGUUGCCCGUGAGGCUGGCCAAUAUCCUGAAGGAAAUUGACAUCCUCCCUGAGUGCUUAAUCAAUACCUCUUCAGUGCAGCUUGUUAAAAGCUGGUAUAUCCAGAGCCUGAUGGAUUUGGUGGAAUUUCAUGAGAAGAGUCCAGAUGACCAGAAAGCUUUAUCAGACUUUGUAGAUACGCUCAUCAAAGUUCGAAAUAGACACCAUAAUGUAGUUCCUACGAUGGCACAAGGAAUCAUUGAGUAUAAAGAUGCCUGUACAGUGGACCCAAUCACCAACCAAAAUCUCCAGUAUUUUUUGGAUCGAUUUUACAUGAACCGUAUAUCUACUCGGAUGUUGAUGAACCAGCACAUUCUUAUAUUUAGUGAUGCACAAACAGGAAACCCAAGCCAUAUUGGAAGCAUUGAUCCAAACUGUGAUGUAGCAGCUGUGGUCCAAGAUGCCUUUGAGUCUUCAAAGAUGCUCUGUGACCAGUAUUACUUAACAUCUCCAGAAUUAAAGCUCACACAAGUGAAUGGAAAAUUUCCAGGCCAGCCCAUCCACAUCGUGUACGUGCCUUCUCACCUCCAUCACAUGCUCUUUGAGCUAUUCAAGAAUGCAAUGAGGGCAACCGUGGAGCACCAGGAAAACUGGCCUUCCCUUACCCCUGUUGAGGUGAUUGUCGUCCUGGGAAAUGAAGACCUUACCAUUAAGAUUUCAGACAGGGGAGGAGGGGUCCCCCUGAGGAUCAUCGACCGCCUCUUCAGUUACACAUACUCCACCGCACCGACACCCGUGAUGGACAAUUCCCGGAACGCUCCUUUGGCUGGUUUCGGUUAUGGGUUACCAAUUUCUCGUCUCUAUGCCAAGUACUUUCAAGGAGAUCUGAACCUCUAUUCUUUGUCGGGAUAUGGAACAGAUGCCAUCAUCUACUUAAAGGCUUUGUCUUCCGAGUCUGUAGAAAAACUCCCGGUCUUCAACAAGUCAGCCUUCAAACAUUAUCAGAUGAGCCCUGAGGCUGAUGACUGGUGUAUACCAAGCAAGGAACCAAAGAACUUGGCAAAGCAGAAGGUGGCCGUGUGAAGACGAGCACUCAGGGCUCUUUAGGGGAUCAAAGUGGGUCUGUGCCAGUGCUGCUUCCUGAAGGUGUGUGUGUGAACCAGUGCGUCUUCAAGAACAGCGACAAAAACGUGUUCUUCAGAACCUUGAGCCAAUGAAGAAUGGAGCUCGCGUCUGUGACCCUAGAGAGCAUAGGGCAGGACUACAGGAGUUAACAGCCAGCCAGCUCCUUGUUUUGCUAACAUAGAGUAACUUUGUGUGUUAAUAUUAAAUCCUGAAGAAGAAAUGAUCCUGUUUCCAACCCAGGAUCAGCAAGAGUGGGAAAGGGAGCAACCAUGAAGACAGAAGUUAGCAGCGUCAGUGGACUGGUACUUCAGGCCACUUGUUGACAUUAAAAGAUGUUGGUACUUAUUAACUAUCAAACACCAGCAUUUUUCUGCCUUGCAACAGGUUAGUGUUUAGUUUACACUAGGCGAUUAGAAGUGUGUAUAAAUGUACAGGUCAUUUAUAUUUACGUGUUCUAGGGUGACUAAAGCAACGUUCCCUUUGAAUGAGGAGGAAUGAGUCUAAGCACUUUGUUCAAAGUUGCAGCCAAGGCAUUGUCCUAUGUGAAAAACUCAGACCAACACAGCUCCUUUACUCUGCUGCUUUCCCUGUCCACACUUCACACAAUAAGUGAACACUUACCUGGGCCAGGUGCCUCGUCUUGGGUGAAUUGUUCCAUGUGCACUGAACUGAGGAUGCUGCGAGUUGGGGAGAGAAGAAUUUCCGAAGCGACAGCAGGAAUAUACCUUAUCCUGCUUUCUUUAUAAAGGGAAAAAAAAUAGGUUGGAAAAAUCAAUGUUUGGAAAAGAAAUUAUGUAUUCAGAACUUUCUUGGUAGAAAGGGCUAUUCUGUACCCUGAAGCUGUAAUAAUCCGAGGGCAUCAUUUUCUAGGUUUAAAAAGAUGUUCUUUUUGAUAUAUUCUCUACACUCCAGCAUUAACAUGCCUGUAAGAAAGUUUUGAAUUGUCAAAUGAUCAAGAAUAUCAGAAUGUAAAUACUUCUUAGAGUAUUAUUUAACAAUCUGGAAGUGAGAGAUUCUUGGGCCAGGAUUCUUUCCUUUGAGAUUGUUGAGAUGAACAGGGAAUGCCUGAAAGUCGUCAUGUAUGAUACUUUGAGAGAAUUAAGGUGUGUAAUCUGCAGGUUGGCAUGUCACUCGUGCAGAUUGAGAAAAGACAGAAAAAUGAAAGGAGGGAUGAUAAGGGAGAAGGCAGAAGGCAGGCAUCUAUCUUCCCCACAGACUAUUCCAAGGAGUGCUUUGUACUUCCAUGAAUGAAUUAUUGGUGAGAGGAUGAAUCGCUGACUUUCAUAACAUUGUGAGUUCUCGGAAUCACUCUCACCAGACUCUUAUUAAAGUCAUGUGUCAAAUUGGUGUUUAAACUGUCAAAAAACUAGGAUUUCUCUGCAUUAUAAUCAGUACUGUUAUAUGUUAAACUUAACACUGGUGUUUAAUGUUGUGAGGCCAGGCGUUGUGGUGCUUCUGGAAGUGGCAAUAGAACCCUCAACUGUUCAUUGUAGAUUUCAGAUUUCAUCAUCAGAAGUCCUACACAGUGACUCUUCUUGGUGGUGGAACUCCAGCUCAUACAUUUGAUUAUACAAAACUGUUUGCAAUAAGAUACUUGUUUUUUUUACUGAAAUUUAAGCUAAAUUUUUUUGCAUGUAAAUUCUUGUAUUUACCAAAGAUUUAAAGCAAUUGAUUAAUUAAUUAACCCAAACACUGUGCAUCAUCUUGAAAAUACUGAAGAAUGAAAUGUUAGUAUCUCAGUAACAUCAACAGUGUAGUGGAGUUUGUAGAGUAGUCUGCAUUGAUAUUCGUGAAAUCUGUGGAAGAGCUUUAGGAUUCCAAGAGAGAUAUUGAAUGCUCAGGCCCACUUAAAUUAUUAAUGUCGGAACUGUGUUUUUGUCUUUAGGCUUUGUAUAGAGAAAUGUGAUAAUUUUUAUAAUAAAUAUUUUUAUUAUAAUCGUA